AAACGCAAUCCAGGGAAGCCAAUCUCACAACGUCAAACGCGCAAGAAGAAGAACAAGAGGAAGCUAGAGGGGGAGAGUAAAGAUAAAGGCAACAAGCGCCAGCCUCGAGGCCAGAGAUCCAAGUCUAUUCCCGCAACUGAAGAGGCUGUUUAUUCACGGCGGUCAUCCAGGAGAGCUAUGGGAUAUCAACUGUGGUUCUUGGGUGACAACGGCAAAGCUUGCUUGGUGGCGUCAUCAUCAAGAUAA